AUGCAGGAACCCGGGACAGCACCGUGGGAUCUGGGCAUCAGCGACGCCGAUUUCGAGAAGCUCACGGCCGGCUUCGCGCCCAAGGACAUGGACGACCGGUGGAGGGGCUCGGAUCCGGACGGCAACAUCUCCAUCCGGAUCAUUCAACUACUACAUCCUGAAGGCGCUCUCAGGGCUGGCUGCUGA